GCACCGGCGUGGGUAAGGCCGGGGUCUCACCUAAUCCUCUCUCCUAGGCCUAAAAACGAACACUUGCCUUUCCUCUUCUCCAAGUAGUUGUGGAAGGAGAGUGGAAGAGUCCCAGGAUAGUUUGUUACGGACACCGUCUAUUCUUCGGUCCGAUUGUUGGAGGUAUUCAAGGCAAUCGGUUGAUGACAGAUUGAUGCCUGUUACUAUUUCAAUCUUUUAAUUUGGAGGUAUUCAAGACAGUCGGUUGAUGAUGACAUAUUGAUGCCUGUUCCUGAUUCUCACAGAUGAAAGUAAAAUGAGUGGUAUGGGAGAUGAACAUUCAACUUCCACAGGUAGUAAGAUGAGUAAGCAAGACCAUAGAAACCAUUUCAAUAAAGAUGCUAUUUUUGCGAGUGAUCUCUGGACAGAUGGACUUAUUUGUGCUUUUGAGUUUGUUCGACAUCGUAGGAGAACAAGUGAGUCUAAAUAUGGUUCAAAGAGCAACAGCAUGAACAAACGAGAAGCUUCAUUUUCAAAGAAUUCAGUACGAAGAUCUGAACUAAAUGAUGUUCCCAUUAGAAAUAUGAGUGAGAAUAUCUUGUUGGAUUCUACAUCACUCAUAGAACCACAAAAUACUUCACCCAUUAUAAGGACUAAUGAAAUGACUCAUUUGGAUGAUAGUAAAGAUAGUUAUAGCUAUUGUCACGAAGAUUUUCAAGGGGAUGGUAACUUUCCCGAAAGUCAUUGGAUUCCAAUUGGAUGGUCGAGGAUUUCAGAACUCGUACAAAAAGUGCAAGUUGAUGUUGACUGGGCUUCACGGCCUAUGGAGUUCGCUGAUGAUGAGGGUGAUCUAACUGUUGCAGAUGUAGCAGCUCCAUACUGGGAAAGGCCAGCAGGGCCUACAUGGUGGUGCCAUGUCGCUGCAGGUCAUCCAUCGAUUAGUACAUGGCUAAGUAAUGCUCACUGGUUACAUCCCGCAAUCAGUGUUGCUUUGAGAGAUGAAGGCCGACUGAUUAGCGAGCGCAUGAAGCACCUUUUAUAUGAGGUCCCAGUUAGGGUUGCAGGGGGCCUAUUAUUUGAGCUCUUAGGGCAGUCAGCAGGUGAUCCUUUUACUGAUGAGGAUGACACCCCCAUUGUGCUUCGAUCCUGGCAAGCACAAAACUUUCUAAUAACUGCAUUGCACAUAAAAGGAUCCCCAUCAAAUGUAAAUAUUUUGGGUAUUACUGAAGUUCAGGAACUUCUUUUUGUCGGUGGUUUUAGAGCGCCAAAAUCUGUUCAUGAAGUCAUAGCACAUCUAGCUUGUCGCCUUUCUCGCUGGGAUGAUAGAUUGUACCGCAAAUACAUAUUUGGGGCAUCGGACGAAGUUGAGUUGAAGUUUGUGCUGAGGAGGAAUCAAGAGGACUUGAAUCUAUUGAGUGUAAUUUUGAAUCAAGAAAUCAGAAGGUUAUCGACACAGGUGAUUAGAGUCAAAUGGUCACUGCAUGCCAGAGAGGAGAUUGUCUUCGAGCUUCUUCAGCAUCUGAGGGGGGCUGCUGCGAGGAGUUUAUUGGAGGGAAUAAGAAAGAGUACAAGGGAAAUGAUAGAGGAGCAAGAAGCAGUCCGUGGUCGCCUAUUUACCAUUCAGGAUGUCAUGCAGGGCACUGUUCGUGCAUGGUUGCAGGACAGAAGCCUCCGUGUUACACACAACUUAGCUGUUUUUGGUGGUGGUGGCCUUGUUCUUUCCAUUAUCACCGGUCUCUUUGGGAUCAACGUGGACGGGAUACCUGGAGCUGAUAGAACUCCAUACGCGUUUGGUCUGUUUGCUGGAAUCCUAUUCUUCAUAGGAGCAGUACUGAUCGGGCUUGGGUUGAUCUACCUUGGGUUGAAACGGCCUGUCACAGAAGAGCAGGUUCAAGUGAGGAAGUUGGAGCUCCAAAAGAUGGUGUCAAUGUUCCAGCAGGAUGCAGAGCAACAUGCAAAGGUCCGACAUGCGGUUUCUAGAAAUAAUCUGCCUCCAACUGCUGCAGAUGUGACGCCCGACGAAGCAGAGUAUAUACUCAUCCGCUAAAGAUUGCUCCCAGUAAACGUUCUUAAUAGAUUUCUUGUUAAAUCCUAUUUCACCUUGUUGUUUGGAAUUUGGGAAUUACCUACUGAACUACUAGUUCAUUUUCCACCAUUUCUUAGAUGGUGCUGACUCAUCCACCAUACACAUGGCAUACAUGCAUGCUACUCUAGAAUGCUCAAAUCAUAGGCCCAAUUGACAACCACACUGAUUGGAGGAUCUUAUCUGAUAUCAGCCGUUGAGUUGGGACC